AUGUCGGCCGAAGAAGAGUUGAUCGACUACUCCGACGAUGAGAUCCAGCCCACCGAUGGCGCCGACGCGAAUGGAGCAGCGGGCGCGACCAACGGCGACGCGAAGAAAGGUGACCUCACCGUGACCGGAGCGGGCGCUGAGAAGGGCAAGGGCUCCUACGUCGGCAUUCACUCGACCUCCUUCCGGGAUUUCCUGCUCAAGCCGGAGCUCCUGAAGGCGAUCACAGACUGCGGGUUCGAACAUCCAUCUGAGGUCCAGCAAGUCUGCAUCCCGCAAGCCAUCCUCGGCACCGACGUACUCUGUCAGGCCAAGUCCGGUCUCGGAAAGACGGCCGUCUUCGUUCUUAGCACGCUUCAGCAGAUCGAGCCAGUCGCCGGAGAAUGUUCUGUCCUCGUCAUGUGCCACACCCGUGAGCUCGCCUUCCAGAUUCGCAACGAGUACCAGCGGUUCAGCAAAUACAUGCCGGAGGUCAAGACGUCUGUCUUCUACGGCGGUACCGACAUCAAGGAGAACGAGAAGUUGCUCGCAAACAAGGAAACCCACCCGCACGUCAUCGUCGCCACUCCUGGACGUUUGAACGCCCUAGUCCGCGAGAAGAAGCUCAGGCUGGGCAGUGUGCAGCGAUUCGUUCUGGAUGAGUGUGACAAGAUGCUGGAUCAGAUCGACAUGCGCCGUGACGUGCAGGAGAUCUUCCGCGCCACGCCAACCCAGAAGCAGGUUAUGAUGUUUUCGGCCACCCUCUCGCCCGCCACCCGCCCCGUCUGCAAGAAGUUCAUGCAGAACCCGCUUGAGAUCUACGUCGACGACGAGACCAAGCUCACUCUCCACGGUCUGCAGCAGUACUACGUAAAGCUCGGAGAGGCUGAGAAGAAUCGUCGUCUUAACGACAUCCUGGACCAGCUCAACUACAACCAGGUCAUCGUCUUCGUCAAGAGCACCGUGCGCGCGACCGAGCUCGACCGUCUGCUUCGCGAGUGCCACUUCCCAAGUGUCGCUGUCCACUCUGGUGUCAGCCAGGAGGAACGCAUCAAGCGCUACACCGACUUCAAGAACUUCGUCCACCGUGUCUGCGUCAGCACGGACGUCUUCGGCCGUGGUAUCGACAUCGAGCGCAUCAACGUCGCCAUCAAUUACGAUAUGCCCGACUCCCCGCAGAACCCAGGCGCCAGCGACAAAGACUCUCUCGCCCAGGCCGCCGACACCUACCUCCAUCGCGUGGGUCGUGCCGGUCGCUUCGGUACCAAGGGUGUCUCGGUCUCGUUCGUGUCGACUGAGAGGGACGAGCAGGUGCUCAAGGCGAUUGAGGCGAGGUUCGAGAGGAAGAUUGAGGAGUACCCAGAGGGCGGUGAGGGUGUGAAUGUGAAGGGGGAGUAA